AUUGGAUCUCUAUAUAUAAUUUUUCGUAUGGUGACGGAUUUACAAAGAAAAACAUUUUAGAGUGAAGGAAAAAAAAAAGAGUGAGAGAAAAAGAUAAGAAUUCUAUGGAUACACAAAGGUUGCCGAAGAAAGAAGAAGAAGAUCUUCUACCUUCUUCAACCUUCGAGUCUGUUAAUGCUCUCUCUCAAGACCAUUCUAUAGAUGAUUUCGACAGCAUAUUCGACAUCACCAUUGACAGUUUAAGCUGCUCUCACGAAAUCAAAUGGGAUUUUUGGGGAGAAGACGAAGAUGAAGAUAUAGGGGAAGAAGAAAAGAGCUUGAGUACUGAUCAAGAAGGGUCAAGUUUCAGGUUUUGGGACAGUAAGCCUACGGAUUAUGAAGACAAAGAGUUGGGUCUGAAGCUGAAUCUGAACCAUCAAGAAGUUAUCGAUGCUUGGUCUGAUCACCAGAAACCUCUGUGGACAGAUACUUCAUCUCCAGCCAAUUCCUUUUAUAGGGGAGAAGUUCCAGUGAUAGAGGAAGAGAGAAACAUGAAAAGAGAAGCAAGUGUGUUAAGAUACAAAGAGAAAAGACAGAGUAGACUCUUCUCUAAGAAGAUAAGGGACGGUUCGUGAAAAGGGAGACUUAAAAAGGGGAAAAAGAAAUAUCCGGAAGAAAAAUAUCUCCAACCUUGGUUGUGUCUUUAUUUCUGUUAUUAUUAUUUGUAGUUCUGAUAUAUCAUUAUCGACUUUUACAACUU